AUGCAGAACGCCAACUUUCCCACCGACGCCGACGGACGAGUCUACCACCUCUUCAUCCGUCCCGGGGAGGCUGCGAACCGCGUCCUAACCGUCGGAGACGUCCCUCGCGCGGUUGCGAUAGCCAAGACGCCCGGGUUCGAGGUCAAGUUCAUUCGCCGCGCCCCCCGCCUCUUCACUACGAUCACGGGGCUUUACAAGGGGGUCCCGGUGACCAUUAUCACGAGCCUGAUGGGCAUUCCCAACGCCGACUUCACCUUCCGCGAGCUCAGGCACUGCAUCCAGGGGCCCUUUGCCAUUGUCCGUAUCGGCACUUGCGGAACACCCCUCGAGGAUGCAAAGGUGGGCGACAUUAUCGUUCCGGACGUCUAUCACACCGUUCUCCGCAACCCGGAUGCCUUUGGUCCGGGGAAGAGCCUCCCCAUCGAGCAGCGCUACCUGGUCUCGGGAGAGAUGCAUCCUGACCGUGAUCUGACGUCCAUCGUUCGCAAGCACGUCUCGACACUUUCAUACAAGAUGCACGCAGGCGCCUGUCUGUCCUGCUGCUCUUUCUAUUCGUCACAGGGCCGUCAGGACCAGAACUUCCAGGACCAGAACGUGGAGCUCGUCGACCACUACAUCAAGACAGUUCCUGGGUUCUCCAUGAUGGAGAUGGAGAGUGCGCACUUCUGCGACCUUGCGCGCUGCGUCAACUCGAGCGUGUGCGGGGCUGUCUACAUGUCUGCGGCGCAUAUCGCCCUUGCUCAGCGCAAAAGCAACGACUUUCUGUCCAAUGAGAAGAAGCACCAGAUUGAGCUUGGUCUCGGGAAGGCCAUCUUGGAUUCCCUUGUGGAGUUCAAGAUCCCCGGAGAGGUGACCACUGUGGCAAACAGUGUCUGGACCCACACGGGCGAGCCCCUCGGCGAUUGGACUGAUUUCAAAUCCGAGUUUGAGUGA